GGCAGCGUUUAGAAAAGGCUUCUCGGCGUUGGACAUACCGAUGCCAUUGCGGUAUCGCGAUCACGGAUCGGGUGAUGCGUUCGCGGGCUCCGUCGUGCGAUUCCUGAGCUGACGAACAUAGUGUUUGUCUUUAAAAUUCCCGUUCAAAGUUAUCAGGAGGAACCAGACGAAAAAGAGGAGACCAGGAGCAAUCGGCGGAAUGGAGAAGCAGCAUCACCUUGACUCAACCAGGCUCGCUUGAAAGCUCAUCCUGAAUACCGGUGAUACCACAAAGCAUGGGUUCGGAAGCGUGGGAGCUGGAACGGAGGUACUCAGUGCCUGGGGCAUUGGAUACCAGAGGCCUGGAGCCUCCAGCUAGCGAGGAUCUUCACGCCUGGUCUAUCUACAGGCAAAACUUGAACUCCGAUUUCACCGAUUCGGCACUUGGAUCAGCUGAAAAGUCUCCUCUUCCCUAUGGGAACUUCCAAUUAAGAGAUUCCACAGUGCAGAGUAUUCUCAGACACCCUAGAUACGGUCCAAAGAGUCCUCUGGCCAGCAAUUCGUACACAUAUCUAAAGUUUGGUCUGCCAAGGGUUCUGCCUCCUAGUUCCAGGAACAGAGAUGGAUCUAGCGGUUACGAUUCCAGCGAAGAAGGUCGUAGGGUGUCUCACGCGGGAACUUCCGCACACGGGACCUCCGCUAUGAGAUCUGCCAGGAGCGACCCCGAUUUCAGACACGUUCACAUUGUUCCUAGGGAACAUGCACACUCUCAAUUGACGGUUUCAAGGGAGAAUCCUAGGUUAAGGAGUGUCAGUGAAGCGAAUCUUCUUCAUGGAGGUGUUCGAAUGAAUAGGAGGCACAGUAUUGCGCCUAUAGAUCCAGGGUAUGGUGUCCACGAGUCCAGAGGACAUGGAAUCUUGGGUCCAGAGAGUUAUACAUUACCUCUGAGGCCUGUACCAUGUCUUCAACAUCCUCAUCUUCAGUUACGAGGAGUAGAGGCUUCAGGAUCCGAUGGUUUGCCUCUUUUACGAGGAAUCACUUUGGAGGUAGGAGCUACUGAGGUGUUGGCCAUUAUGGCUACUACGGAGAAAGAAGGAAAACAAAUCGUGGAAACUGUCGCCGGAAGGAAGAGAAUUAAGAGAGGAGAUAUUUUGCUCAAUGGAAGAUCCGUGUCCUAUAGAACCUUAAGGUCUCGAGUUGCUUAUUUGUCCACGGAAAAUAGUCUAAGCCCAGGUCUAACUGCUCAGCAGACGCUAAGCUUUUAUAUGCUUCUUAGAGGAGGUCCAAAUACUUCCAAACUGGAAGCCGAAGCCAUCCUCCAGGAACUCGGUUUAGAGGCGACCAAACAUUGUCUCGUGAACUCGUUGACGACCUCCGAAGCAAAAAGACUGGCCCUCGCGUGUCGUUUGUUACAAGACUCGCAUAUUCUUGCGUUGGACAGGCCAACGCAUGGUUUGGAUAUUUUCGACGCCUUCUUCAUGGUAGAAUACUUGAGACAGUGGGCUGGAAGAGGACAAAGAUUAGUAGUAUUGACGUUGCACCCGCCUACUUAUGAGAUACUGACAAUGGUCUCGAGGGUUGCGCUUACUUCCGGCGGAAGAAUCAUGUACUCCGGUCCCAGGAGGGAUAUGUUGCCAUAUUUCGCCCUUGCAGAGUUCCCGUGUCCUCCAUUUAAGAAUCCUUCUGACUACUAUCUUGAUUUAGUUACACUGGAUGAUCUGUCUGCGGAAGCCAUGUUGGAAUCCUCUCAAAGGAUAGACCACCUGGCCGAGCUUGCAAGGACUAGACUGCCAGGAUUAAGUGAUCCUGGACCACCUGGAGCACUUCCUCCUUCCAUUUCCAGUCCCAAUGUAUUUUCACAGAUUUAUGCGUUGCUUCUGAGGACUCUAAUCUACAGUCAACCAUGGACACUGACUAGAUUACUCAGGAAAAUCGUCAUCUCUGCCUCUUUGAGUAUUUUACUUGGUGCAAUAUUCUGGGAUGUAUCUGGCGACUCAAAUUUAUAUCUCAGAGACCGAGUUGGGUUUCACUAUGCCAGCUUGGGAAUUUUCUUCUGGCCAUUAACCUUAAUAGCCAUCUGCGAAGUAGCUGACUGCAGGUCGAACGUGGAAAGAGAUAUCAAGGAUGGUUUAUAUGGAAGAUUUGUGUAUAUUUUAAUGGAGCUCCUCUGUGGAGUAGUGUCCUGGUGCGUAGUCUACCUGAUCUACUUAGCACCAGGCUACGCCAUGUCCGGACUUCACCUGGUCCCGGAUGACAAUCUGACUUCCUUAUGGAAUUAUCUCGGAAUCGGUUUACUGUAUUUAAUACUGCAACAUUUAAUCUGUAUAUUAUUUGCUCACACUUGCAAGUGGACGUACUUGGCUUCCUUGUUUGCUGGAAUUGUGAUUGGAGAGAUGACAUUAGCUGGAGGAGUGACCUUGCAUUUGGAGAACUUGCCAGGCUGGUAUCAAAAGAUCAGUCCAAUGCAGUGGUCUCUGUCCCUAUUGUUACCUCCGCUUCAUCAAACAGAAGUUAUGAAUAAAUUGACCAAUUGUAAGCCAAAACAAAUUCAGAGGCAGGAUAUCAUAGUUCAAGCUGCCUGUGAACCGCCCGAUGGUGCUCUGGCAUUAUACGAGAUUGCACUGCAUAAAUUCAAUGUAAGAGGAGAACUGUGGCUGGGAAUAGGAAUAACUAUCGUCAGUGUUUUAGUUAUACUAGUAUUCCUGUGCAUUCGAUAUACUACUCCCAAGAGACUUAGGAGUGCACCAAACAAGCCAUAAAGUGCAACUACUCAAUGACUGAAUAAAUAUCAUCAUUCUUACAUAAAUGUAUUUUAUUAAUAUUAACAAAUAGCAGAGUAUUCUUUUAACGUUGCGCUGCUAUCAGUACAAUAAUAGGUAUCAGUAAGGAAUAUAAUUAUUCACUUCAUCAUCAAAUACAUAUAUUUUAUACUAUGUCAUGCUCACAGGCUUUGAUCGUUGUCUAUAUUAUUGCGACUUUUUAAAACAAUAGGCUUUAGAAACUCGCAAAAUAGACUUGAGCCAGGAAAUUCGAAAGCCUAAUAAACCGAUACAUCUUGCAGUCUCUCCUCCAAAUGCUUUAAAAUAAUCUGUAUGUACUUCGUAACGCUAUAAUCAAAUCAACCGAGAAAAUCUUCAUAAAAUAAAAAAGAAAAAAUUAAUUAAAACUCUAGCCUGAUUUGAUUAAUUCCUAUUAUUU